ACAGAAACCAUUUUGUCAGGAGAAAGCCGUUGCCAACCUCCUCCCGGGGAGAGCCUGCAUUCUCCCAUCUAGACAGCUGUAGAAAUUAAGAAUUCUGAAUUCUUCCAAGGGUCCGACACAGGGAAAAGCCACGCUCGCUGCCUGGAGCUGAGCCGUGCGGCGAUCACCCGAGGGCACCCGCCACACCGAGGGCACAGUGGCCCCUUCUCCCCGCCGGGACCUUCCCUCAGGGGUUCCCCAGUUCCUCCCCGGCCCGCCCGUGGCGGAGCCAGGGCGCCCGGCCGCCGGCCCCAGUCGCGCUGGUUCCGGGGGAGCGGGAGGCGUCGGCCGGGAAGCGCCCCCUGUCCCGGUGGAGAGAAGGGGCGCCGGGUCCCGCUUCCCGUCGCACAGCCCUACCUGCCCUGGCGGAGCUCCGGCGGCGACCCGAGGCGAGCGGCUGACGGGGCAGCCUCUGCCGGGGCUGCGGCGGCACUUCCUGGAAAGGGCGCGGCGGAGUCACGGGGCUGCACCUGGGCUGUACCGGGCCGCCCCCGCUCGCCCGCCCUGCCCGGGCUUCGCGCCUCCGCGGGCGGGGGGCGGAACCGCCCCUGGAGCCUGAGGGAAAAGGGGUCGGUGGGAGCAGCGGGAAGGCCGGAUAGGGAGCCCGGGCGACGGCGGUAGCGCUGGGGCUUCGUUUGCAAGCACCUGGCUGUCUCCUCAGCUCACCCCCGGGAGCCCUCUGAGGACAAGAAACAAGUUCUAAGAAUGGAUGAAGACUUUGAAACCCAGGCUCUUGAUUCUGCUCUUCAAAGUCCAUCGGAGACAUUACUUUCCAUUCGACUGUUAGACUUUAAAACAAGUUUAUUGGAGGCGAUAGAAGAACUACGUAUAAGAAGGGAAACAGAGAUCAGUUAUGAAGAUCAAAUAAGUAAAAUUAUUGUAGAGAAACAGGAACUUGAAUGGCAAAAGGAAACUCUGCAGCAUCAGACGGACACGUUGCACCAACAAAACAAAGAAGCUAUGGCAGCUUUUAAAAAACAGUUUCAGGCACGAGUAUUUGCCAUGGAAGAAGAAAAGGGAAAAUAUCAACUUGCUGUGGAAACAAAAGAAAAAGAAAUCGAUGGACUGAAAGAAGCAUUAAAAGCAUUACAGAUUUCAAAAUACACUUUACAAAAGAAACUGAAUGAAAUGGAUCAAAAAUUACAGAUGCACUUAACAGCCAAAGAGGAGCAUCAGAAGAAACUGAAUGAAGUCGAGAGGUGUUACGCUACCAUUGCAUGUCAGUUUGGAAUCGUAAAAGGUGUUCAUGGAAAACUGGAGCACAGUGUACAAGAAGCGAUACAGCUCAAUAAGAAACUAACAUCAGUGAAUAAAAGACAAGAGACAGAAAUAAGUAACCUGAAGGAAGAACUGAAGAAAGUAACUACAGACUUGAUAAGGUCCAAGGUCACAUCUCAGUACAGGGUGGGAGAAGAAAACAUCAAUCUUGCAGCAAAGGAAAAACAGUUUCAAGAACUGCAACAAAAAAUCAGAAUGGAGACAGCAGUUAGUAAAAAAGUUCAAGAAGAAAACACUCACAUUAAGGAAGAAAAGCUGGAAAUUCUCAGCUCUCUACAAUGCGUGCAAGAGCUGCUUCAGCGAAUAACCCAAACGAAUGUUAGAAUGGAAAGUGAAUUAAAGGCACUGAAAGAAGAAUAUCAGACCCUUGAAAGAGAUAAUGAGCUGCAAAGGGAGAAGGCAAAGGAAAAUGAAGAAAAGUUCCUUAAUCUUCAGAAUGAGCAUGAGAAAGCACUAAGAACUUGGAAAAAAGAUGAGGAAAACAUGAGAAGAGAAAUAGACACUAUUAAAAACGAGCUGAAUUCCCUUAAAGGAGUCCAUAGACAUCUUGAAGAUUAUCAUCCUCCUCAGGGAAACCAGCAUUCUGAGCAAGUGGAAAAUCUGCAGGUGCAUCCAGCAGUUCAGCCCGUACCAACAGAUGUGAGUGGUCAAGAACACUCAAAAGACAAUGAAAUACAGGCUAUCCAGAAAGAAAAUGAGUGUGUGCAAUCUGUAAGAAGAAAAGAUGGUAAUUUUGGACAUGAAGGAGAAAUGGAAGAAGCCACAAUGGACUACUCUUUAAGCACUGAGGAAUUACAGAUAGAACAAAAUUUACAAGUUCUUGAAAACAGCUUUAAGGAUGAGAUUAAGGUUGCUAGCCCUUAUGAAGAAAAGCAAAGGGAGGCUUCUCCCAGGAAUACUGGUUUAAUUACCCAAGGACAGACCUCAGACGUACAUGUCACCGAGUGCAAAGAAACAGAAAAUGUAGGCGCAGCAUGUAGAAUGGUACUGGAUGAAAACAACACAAAUUCAGAACAAAAGCUCCAGGACAGCACUGAGCCAUCGGCAACCUGCUACACACAAAGAAAGGUCUUUUUAGACAACACCGACACUGCACAUGCAGAGAACAAGCAAAACGGAAAUCAGGAGACAGACUCUAGCAAGCAAGAACUGUGCAAUACUACAAGUGAAUCAAUUUGUACUGAGGCAGAUAAAAAAUCAAACACUGUGCAACACAACAAAAGUGUCCUUACACCUGAAGCACCCAAACCCGAGCCUGAGGCGGUUCUUUGCCCUGAGAAGAAUGUUGUGAGUGAGAGAAGUACAGAUAAUCAUCAAGCUAAGGAAUUAAGUUUUGGCAUCCUCUCUUAUAUUAAAGAAAAAUCUCAAACUGAAUAUCAACAAUGUAGCUUGCUGGACAGUGACAAUUUUGUGGGCAAUGGAUUACAUAAAACAGAAAAAAACUUGUUAAAUCUGAGUGGUUUACAUAAACUUCCUUUUAAACAGACACACGUAGAUGCUGAAGCCAGAAAUGACGAUGCCAAUGCCAAAAACACAAACAGAAAUGGUGCUGUGAGGAGUGCUGGUGUUCCAGCAACUGAUGCUCAAAAUCUGCCAACUGUUUAUUGUGGUAACACAAGUGGUGAUGAUGCCACAAAGGAACACAGUGCUCAUAGAUCUCUCUUAGGUACUUUCAAUUUAUGCCCCCUGGAAAAAGAGAGAAAAAUAAAUGUGGAUGACAUGCGCAGCAAGCAACCUGAACAAAACAGCAGUGAACAAACAGGGAAGGCUACAAAUACAUGUACUUCAAACAGUGAAGCUGUAUCUCCAGUAAAGGCUGAUGGUCUUGAAAUAAUCACUCAUAAAAACCCCCCAAAAGAUAGAAUUAGUCCAGAUAAAGUAAUUCCAUGUAAAAAAGCUAAUGAUGAUAUUCAGAUACACUCCAUCAAAAGUGGACAUUCCCUGGAGAUGAAUAAUUCAACAAAUAACACAUUUUUAAAAGAGAAAAAAGACUCUCUGAGUAGUGCGGUUCCAGGAAGGAAGUUUGCUGAGGGUCACCUGAAAGAAUCAUGCUCUUUACCCAUGAGAACAUCUGGAAAUUUAGUAAACAUAAGUGGAAGGUCAUCCUUUGAUCUUUCAACCUCAGAUAAAAAAGCUGAGAAAACUCCAGUAUACUUAAAUUUUUUAGAGCUCAGUUCUUGUUCAAGAGUAAAUCAAAUGAGAGGUCAAGCUACGUGGACUUCAGCUUCCAAGGAACCUUCCUCUUUGAAAGAGCAACUGCCACGCUUGGUGGAAAACACAAAGGUUAUCACAAAAACCCAGUGUCAGAAUCUCAGUGAAAAUGUUGACAGAAGAGAAACAGGACUAGGUUCUACCAGUUUGAACAGAGCUGCCGACACUUUGAAUACCUCUAGUAUCCACCGAGACCCCCAGGGAGACUCGAGUGAAGAAUGGAAUGCUAUACCAAAGACUUUUUAUGAUUCUUCUUUUCCCACAGAACAUGUGAAAGAGGGGUUUGCUGCUUUACAGCAUGAGCAGAGGUCUCCUCACAUGACUGUAACUCCAGCAAGAAGCGACUGUGUGCUCGGAGACGAGGACAGCGGUGCUGUUCCUGACACCGGUACACUAAACCACAGGGAGGAAAUCGAGAAAUUCCUGAAUUUGGAGAGACUUCAUUCAGCAAGAAAAAGGAAAUAUGAAGACAAGCAGUGAAGAUCAGCGACAGGAGAUAAAAAGCAUGUCUUUUACACAGAGAUAAAUAACUUAUGUAAAUCAGAUCUGUAAACGUGUUCCUAUAGAAUAUAGUGUAUGUACACUGUGAUUUCAUGUUUAAUGCAGCAUAUAGACCAGUUCUGAGGUUAAAAAUUUCAUACAAUCCCUACUAAUAACAUUACCUCUCAAUCAAAAUCCAAGUUGUUAUGAGCUUUGCCCAGAGCUUUAAAGUUCACAAGGUGAUGUUUUCAUAUCCAUUAAGUAAAAUUAAAUGGUUACUUAAGAGUU